GGAAAAAAGAAAAAAAGAAAAAGCAAAACGACAGAGGACAGCCAGUUCCCCGACAACAUCAACCAUGUACGGCCAGAUUCGAGCUCAUCACCUGCGUGCUACUCGCGCGUCGAAUCCCUAGAGACAUUUCCAUUUCUAGGGCUUGGAACCUGGACCAUAUUCCCAGCGUUGCAUAGAGCCUGUCUGCAGGCUAGCCGUGAUUGAGCUGCAAAAUGGCGCGAAUGGUGAGGAGCUGCAUGCAGUCGAUGCUGAAGCUGGUGAAUUCCGUCAACGGGAUGGUCGGAAUUGCGAUGAUCCUGUACUCCGUCUGGAUGCUCAAAAUCUGGGAGAGGCACACGUAUGAUUUGCCCUUCGACGACUCGAGUCAGCCUAAUCCAUGGUUCAUUUAUACCUUUCUUGGCCUCAGCAUUAGUUUGUGUGUGAUUACAUGCUUUGGACAUAUCGCUGCUGAAACUGCCAAUGGCUGUUGCCUUUAUUUGUAUAUGUUCCUUGUCUUUUUGCUUCUCGCUCUGGAAGGUGCUGUCACUGCUGACGUAUUGCUAAAUCCUCACUGGGAGCAGGACUUUCCCAAUGAUCUCACUGGGAACCUAGAUCAGUUAACAGAAUUCGUGAGGUCGAACUUUGAUAUGUUUGAAUGGAUCGGAUUGACAAUUGUGUCCGUACAGGGACUAUGUAUCCUAUUGGGACUGGUGCUCAAAGCUCUCGGACCACAUCCGUACUAUGACAGUGAUGAUGAGUUUGCUUCUGAAAGCGUUCCACUUCUGAGAGAUGGUGCCGGCCAGCCAUCUGAUUCAUGGAGUAUAAGAAUCAAUGAGAAGGUUAAAAGGUGAUGCGACUGAAUCAGCAAGGAGGCUGAGAGUGCAGAGUAAAUCUACUUCUAUCAGUAUCUGAAACUACGAGUUGAAGGCUGAGAAGCUUCUGUCCUUAGAUGCAGGAGGAACACUCUGUUAUGUAUAUUCAAAAGAGAAAUACUGAUAGUUUCUUAGGAAAAUGGACGUUGUCGAAUUUCAUUCGUCUUUCGAUGUAUCUAUCAGCAUCAUUAGCCUCCCUUUGUGGCAUAUGAGAUUUAGCAUCAGUAGAGCAAUAUUUUUGGGAUUCUGAAGCCUGAAGUAGGGUUGGCAAAAAGGGACAUAAAACUGAACGUGCCAUAAUGGGAAAACCAAUUUUUCAGAUA